AUGAGUCAUCGAUACCACUAUCAUUCACAACAAGGAGCAACAAACUCUGAUCAUCAUCAUCAACCACAACAACAACAUCAAUACCUUGUUGGUAGAGGACCAACAACAACAAUAUCAAACAACAACACUACCACAUCAACCACCCCUUCACCGUUUGCCUCCCUAUUAAAUUAUAAAUCAUCAGCAUCAUCACUUUCAACAAGCCUAAUCUCUGACCGUUUAAAGAUGGCCAACAACAGUAAUACUACUACCACUUCAACACCUUCCUAUACACCAAUUAAAUCAUACAAAUCUAUUAUCAAUACAUCAUCAAAUAGAUUACCUCUCUCCACUAUUACAAGUACAAAUGGUGCAUCUACUGGAUAUAUAUUUACACAGGGUGAUUCUGAAUUGAUUAAAAGUAAUAAGAGAAAACGUUUAGGAGUUAAUGAUACUAAUAGCCUUUUAGAUACUUCUAAAUUGAAUACUACAAUUAAUGGUACUACAACUACCACUAGUACUACUACCAACACUAAUAACUCUCUUAAUAGUUCAAUUGUCCAACAACAUUUAUUUACCAAUCAAGAAUAUCAACAAGUAACAGAAAAGAAUCAACAAUUAGAAGAACAAGUUAGAAAGUUAAGAAUUGAUUUACAAAAUAGUGAAAUGGAUAAAGAUGAAUUUAAACGAUUGCAUGAAGAAGCUAAGAAAAUUAUCAAGGAAAAUGAAAAUAAGUGUGAAAGUUUAAAGAAUAGAAAUCAAUUCCUUCAAAGUCAAGUUCAAAAGCUUUCUCAGAGUAAUACUACUAAUAACAAUAGUAAUAAUACAACAACAACUACUGUUACUACUACUAGUACUACAAUAUCUUCACCAACUACAAUCAAUUCCAGUAAUACCAUAAUAAUAAUAAUGGUAUAA